GAGCAGUCGAAUUGUUUAGUACUACAGCCGCCAAUAGAUGGUGACGCAGAGGCGUGUCUUAAAUCUGUGACAGCCAAUGGUCAAGAACGUCAAGAACCUAUCCUCUCAACCCAACCCUUCAAGUUUGGGAAUGUGUCAUUUGCUUUGGGUUGAGUGAAUUAUUAGUAGCGGGAUUGUAGGACGUGAAAGUGAGAAGUAGACUACAGAAAGCUUGACCGAAAAUUGAAAACAGACCAGAAAUAAACGGGCUCAGAUAAGGAUAAUAUACAGAUAAACAAUGUCGGCAACAUUGAAGCCUUAUCUAACAGCAGUGCGACGUACACUGACAGCAGCGAUGUGUUUGGAAAACUUUUCCUCCCAGGAUGUAGAGCGUCACAAUAAGCCAGAGGUGGAGGUGAUGUCGAGUAAAGAGCUUCUCCUGACCCCAGUGAUGAUAAGCAGAAACGACAAAGAAAGGGUGCUGAUUGAAUCCAGCAUCAAUAGUGUCAGAGUUAGCAUAUCUGUCAAACAGGCCGAUGAGAUUGAAAAGAUUUUAUGCCACAAAUUUAUGAGGUUUAUGAUGAUGCGCGCUGAGAAUUUUGUUAUACUUAGGAGGAAACCAAUAGAUGGGUACGAUAUCAGUUUUCUAAUCACAAACUUCCACACUGAACAAAUGUUCAAGCACAAGCUCGUUGACUUUGUUAUUCAUUUCAUGGAAGAAAUAGACAAGGAAAUCAGCGAAAUGAAACUAUCUGUGAACGCGAGAGCUCGAAUCUGUGCAGAGGAAUUUUUAAAAAGGUUUUAGCCUGUUCACAAAGCUACAAGAUCAUAGCCGAAGGAAAAUCGGGAUGUCACUAUAGGACUUGUAAGCUAUAUUGAAUCGCUCAAAUGUUGAUAAAAAAAAACCCUGUGACCCCUGGUUAAUCGGUAAUUUGUAUUUAAAAGCCGUUCCACCAAUGAGUCAUCCAUGUGAUGACGUGAUGUCAAUCGAAUUUUUUUUACCUGCUGCCAUUCCGGCCUUACGUCACUUAUCAGUGCGUAUUCUUUUAGAAAAAAAAAUAUAUAAUACUGUAACAAUCGAUGAAUAAUAAUUAUAAUAGUGCUAGUAAUAAUAAUAAUAAUAAUAAUAAUAAUAACAACAGUAAUGAUUAA